AUGUCGUCCAUGAUCACCGCCGCCCAGUGGGUGCCGCGAGGCUUCGCGGCCCAAUUUCCUCAGAUUUACAAGCUCGACGAGUCUGAGUUUGAGAGGAUAGCUGAAUUGGCCAAGCUGCAGCUGGACGAUGCAGAGGAUGAUCUGAAGGAAGCUCAGGACGAUGGUGAAGAAGCAGAGGGAGAGGACGAGGGCAAGGACGAGGACAUGGGCGACAAAGAAGAAGAAAAAGGGGCAGCCCGACCUGCCGCAAAGUUCGACGACGACGACCUGAAAGAGUACGACCUGGAGCACUACGAUGACGAUGACGAAGACGAUGCGCCCACCGCCAACGGAAGCAUGGGCAUGUUUGGAAACGUCAAGUCCUUGGCUUACUACGAAUCAAACAAGGAUGAUCCGUACAUCACACUACAAGACGACGAGGACGACUCAGAGCGAGAGGAUCUUCAGGUCUUGGCGACGGACAACUUGAUCCUGUCGGCAAAGGUCGAAGACGAGCUGGCCCACCUCGAGGUAUACGUUUACGAAGACGAAAGCGACAACCUUUACGUGCACCACGACAUCAUGUUGCCGGCGAUUCCUCUCUGCGUCGAGUGGCUGGAUAUCCCCGUCAACGCCUCGCAGGAGACGCCCAAGGAUGCCAAAGGCAACUUUGUCGCCGUUGGGACUAUGGAUCCGGAUAUUGAGGUGUGGGAUCUUGACACGGUCGACGCCAUGUACCCCAACGCCAUUCUUGGCCAGGGCGCGAAUCCCAGCUCGGGCGAAAAGAAGAAGAAGAAGAAGUCGAAGAAGGCCAAGGCGAAUGACGAGUACCACGUGGAUGCCGUGCUGUCUCUCGCGGCCAACCGAAAGCACCGAAACCUGCUCGCUUCGGCCUCUGCGGACAAGACCAUCAAGCUCUGGGACCUCAACACGGCCAAGUGUGCCAAGUCGUACUCAUACCACACGGACAAGGUGUGCUCUCUUGCCUGGCACUCGGCUGAGCCCACCGUCCUGCUCAGCGGAAGCUAUGAUCGAACCAUUGUGGCUGCUGAUAUGAGAGCUCCGGAUGCGAAGGCACCUCGAUGGGGCGUCGAGAGCGACGUCGAGAACAUCCGAUGGGACCCGCACGAUCAGAACUACUUUUACGUCUCAACGGAAAACGGCGUCGUUCACUACCACGAUAUCCGCAACGCCCCGGCCACGCCAGAAGCUACCAAGGCGGUCUGGACCCUGCAGGCGCACGACGAGUCCGUGUCUUCGUUUGACAUUAACAGCGUGAUCCCGGGCUUCAUGGCCACCGGAUCGACCGACAAGACGGUGAAGCUCUGGAACAUCCAGCCCACCGGCCCUUCCCUCGUCGUCUCCCGCAACCUCGAUGUGGGCAAGGUGUUUGCUACCUCGUUUGCCCCCGACCCGGAGGUUGCUUUCCGACUGGCUGUUGCAGGCAGCUCCGGCAGUAUGCACGUCUGGGACACCAGCACCAACCCCGGCGUCCGAAGCGCUUUUGGUCAGCGCGUCCCCGCACCGAGGGAGGGAGUUGCUGAGGAUCGACUGGUUGGCGUCAACGACGACGAGAGCAGUUCUAGCGAGGAUGAGGGAGACGAGAACAACCGCGAGUCUCAGGAGGAGGGAGACUCCAUGGACGAGGAUUAA